AUGAUAGGGCCUACCUUUGAAGUUAUACCAACCUCGCGACUUGAGUCAGAACUUCAAUUGCCGUAUUUGCAUGAGCCAGGGCAUGUGGAUGUGCUCUACGAGACGAACGAUCACAUUGAUGAAACCCGAGCCAAGCCGGUCUUUCAAGCGUGCCUUUCAUGUGGGGCUGCGAUUAUAGAUAACUGUGCGGUCAUACAAGACCAGUGGAUCUGCCCAUUCUGUCAAAAUCACAACCCGUUAGUGCAAAAACCCGUUGCAACUCCAUAUGAAGUUGAGCUGCCGAACACAUCCGAUAGUUUCGAAGCUUCAGAUAUUCACACAGUUUUGAUUAUAGACCUGUGCACCCAUAACAAACUAGAGCUGGAGUCACUACAGAGGGUUUUGAUCUCAAGAUUAGAGCGGUGUCGUUCUGAAGCGAAAUUUGGUCUCAUUACGCUGCGACCCGACGGCAAUGUCACAUUGCACUCAGACUCGAGUGAGAUCUGUUUCUCGGGUAACGACGUUAGCACUGUGACAAAAGCCAAAAAUCUGGACUAUCAAUAUUUUCUCAGUAAACUGGCCAAGACCUCUCCGCUUUGUAUUGCCAAGAAGCGAGCAAUGGACGUUGUAGGUCAACUUUCGUUCUCUGAAAACAAGGCUAAAGAUCAAAGGCCCAAGCGAGCUUUGGGAUUAUCGUUUCUACUUGCGGGUCUCUACCCUUCUGCUGAUGACUUCAAGGUGCCAGUUACUGCUUUUAUUACCGGUCCUUGCACCGUAGGACCCGGAAAAGUUGUAGCCAAGAACAAAAAGUUUUAUAUGAGGCAACAUCACGAUCUAGAUGCUGGAAGAGACAAGUAUUUCCGGUCUGCAAGAAGACUUUUUGAACAUCUCUCGGAAAAAGUUACUGUUCAUUUAAUGAUUGCAAGUUUAGAUCAAAUUGGUGUCGUCGAAAUGGCUCCCAUGUGUGAGCGUAUUCAGCAAUUUGACUCCUAUGAGGAAAAACGAUUUCAAGACCUGGUUCCAGUAUUUAGUCUCGCUCAAGAUCAUGUCAAUGAAAUAACUGUUUUUGCCUCAAAAGGACUACUCGUUGAUGGAUGUUAUGGACCCGUCUCCAAACUAAAACCUUCGCAACAGAUAUACAGCGACACACCAUGCGGCGUUUCGGGAACCAAUCGUUGGUUAUCUCACACAGCAACGUCAUCUUUAGCGUUUUCGUUUCAAAUUAACACUUCAGCAACAAAAGAAGAAACCCUGGACGUCGUUCCAGCACACCUAGCAAUACAGUUUCAACACACUUUCUACAAAUGCGGAAAGAAAUACUUGAAGGUAGGGUGCCUUGUCUUAUCAACCACAAAUAAGAAUUUGUCAGAUCCGCGAUCCAUUCCAAAGAGUUUCAAUGUUUCGAUUGCAUUGCCUUGUUUGAUGAAACAAAUCGCAUACGACCAGCUGAUGAAAGGCCAUAUUCACGCCAUUGAUUUACAGCAGUGGCAAAACAAGAUCGACCGGCUUGCAGCCAGGCAUCUCAAAGCUAUGUCAAGAAACCACUCAAAAUUUCUCGAACUACUCUACCGCCUCAAGUGGACAACUCUGCUUCAAAAACGCAAUACUUCACCAGACGAGGCUGCGUGCUUUCAGCACACCAUAUUAUUCGAAAACGCUACAAUUGCUGAGCUUCUAUGUAAGCCUCGAGUAAUGGUAUUCACGGAGGAUAUAAAGUUAGAAGUGACUGCUUUGAACGAACGGUUGCUCCAGCGGAACGAAGCCAUGUGCGUUGAUUUUGGGACCUUAAUACUUUUGCGAUAUUUAAAUGACGACCCCGCGCUUUCCAAGGCCGAAGAAUACGCACACUCUUUGAUCGCUGCUCGAACAUCACCGGUCAGAAUUGAAAAAACCUUUCUCAAAGGGAGCCAAGAUCGGUUUUUCAUAUCUAAACUCAUCCCAGAUCGUGAGAUUAACAGUGAAGAUACUUCACUAUGCGAGUAUACUGGAACAAUUCGAAAAAUGGCUCAAUGUUUACAUGUUUAA